AUGACCACUACAUCUGAACUUAUAGAUGGAUUAUUUGAUUUAACCAAAUAUCGAGAAAUUCUUGAACCAACUUACAAUGAAAAAAUUAGAAAAUUAAAAGAGAAAAAUAAAAUUAUAACCCAAGAGAAAGAAUUUUAUUUUGAUAAUUUUACUAAAUAUCAAAAAGAAAUUGAACCGAAAUACAAAGAAAAAAUCAAUAGUUUGACUCAAGAUUUAUCUAAUUGCGAAAGAGAAUUGCUUCAAUAUAAAGAAGCCGAGAGAUCUUACAAUGCAAUAAUCAUAGAUUUAAAAGAAAGGCACGAUUAUGAUAAAGAAAGAAUAAAUAACUUGGCAAAUGAUUUAAAACGAUUUAAAGAUUAUGCUGAGGAAAAAACCAUCGAACUUGAAACAGAUGUUCGUAGCAAAGCUGUUAUGAUUGAAGCUAUUGAAAAAUUGAACAGAGAAUUACAGGUUGAAAGUGCCAACAUAAAAAAGGAAGUCUCAUCAUAUCAUUUUUGUUUGAGUGAUAAAAUAUUGACCACACCAUCCUAUUCAACACCAAGUCAAAAUUCAGAUAACAACGAUUGUAGCAAUGAUCCAAAUAAACGUCAACAUUCAGCCAACAACAAGGAUCCAGAUAAUCGUCAAAAUUCAGCUAACAGUAAUCGCAACAAUGAUUCAUAUAAGCGUCAAAGUUCAACUAACAACGAUCGUAGCAAUGAUCCAAAUAAGC